AUGAAAACUAAACUUUUACACGAUGUAAAAAAUACGACUUUCAAGCACGAAAUUGUACAUGCCAAAGGAAAUUUUGUUAUAAAAAUCCAAUACAAAAUAAUUGAUGGUUUAUUUGUUUUAUAUCAUACUGAAGUACCUGUAGAACAUAGAGGUCAUCAACUUGGAUUUUUAAUUUUUCAAGAAGUAAUUGACUACUUGAUCAAACAUAAUAUACAAACUGCUAUAUACUGUCCAUUCUUGAUAAAAAGUCUGAAACUAUAUCCAAAUGGAAAAAUGAAUAUCAUUAAAAAGUUACCUACGAUUGACAAACUAUCAUUUUAA